AUGUCUUCGCCGCCGUGGUCGCCCACGCGCGAGCCCCACGGCCGCUACGAGGAGCUCGCCCAGGUGGACGAGUACGGCACGAUGCGCCCGACUCCGCAAAACGACGACGUCUCGGACCAGGCCUCCGACGACGCCCUCGUGCACCACGACGACUCGUCGGGGUGGGCGCAGACCCCGGCGUGGAACAUCUGCCUCAACGCCGCAAUGUACUGCGCGGUGCCGCUCUCGAUGCCCGCGACGUUAGCCGCGGGCGGGUGGUUUUGGGGCACCGUCUUCUUCGCCUACGCCACGUUCGCGACGUACUGGACCGGGCUCGUCAUCGGCAGGGUCUACCUCGAGCACCCGCGGCUGGCGACGUAUCCGGCGAUGGCGUCGGAGGCUUUUCAUAACCUCGCUCUGGAACGCACAAACGGAGACGCAAGAGUCGCGCGGAACUGGCGAACGUGGUCGCGCAGGGCGGUGAAGAUCACGCAGUUCGCCACGUUCUACCUGGACACGGUGACGCAGAUGAUCUACGUGGCGCAGUACUUUGCGCAGCUGGACCUCGGAUGGUUCGGAACGGGGGCGGGUCGAGACGAGGGUGACGAGAUCCAAUCGGAUUCUCCAGCUGGACGCCCUCGGCUGUGCCAGUGGGCGUGGGUGCUCGUCGUGUGGGCGGUGUCCGUGCCCGUCAUGCAGAUACCCACGUUCCACGCGUCGAGGUGGGUCAUCGUGCCGGCCGUCGCCGUCCUGGCCGUCUCCGUCGCGCUGUUUUUGUACGAGGUGGCGGUGGUGGUGAAGCCGUGGUCUUGCGAACCCGGCCCUUCCUUUGGCGGCGUCACGCUUCCCUCCGCGAUGGUCUCGCUGGGUAACAUGGCGUACGCGUACGGCGGGCACGGGGUUUUCCCGGAGUCGUUGCGGGAGAUGCGGGAGCCGCACAGGUGGCCGUCGGUGAUGCGAUGGAUGUACGCGGGCUUAGUCCCCGCGUACGUCGUCUGCGCCGUCGUCGGGUACGCGGGUUACGGGCGAUUCGCGCAGGCGAAUAUAAACCUCAACUUUCCGAAGAACUGGGUCAACGGCGUGUCCAUCACGCUGCAGCUGCUGCAGUGCUACUACCUGAUAUUCUACACGAACGUCGUGCUGGUGCUGAUGGUGGAGACUCGGUGGGGGAUCGACCCGACGAAGACGUGGCGCCCGAGGACGUCGCUGCCGGUGAUCGGGUCGACUUCCCCGGCGGUUGCGAGGAUGCUGUUUCGAACCGCGUUCCUCGGCACGCAGGUGGCGCUCGCGGAGUGGCGCUGA